AUGCAAUACGUUGGAAGAGCAAUUGGCUCCGUCUCCACGGCGCUCAGUUCCAUCAACCCCUCCACCCUUUCCGGUGCCAUCGACAUCGUCGUGGUGGAGCAUCCCGAUGGCUCCCUCUCAUGUUCGCCGUUCCACGUGCGCUUCGGCAAGUUCCAGUUGUUACGUCCGUCGCAGAAGAAGAUCGAUGUGAUUGUUAACGGCUCCAAGACGAAUUUGCCAAUGAAGCUUGGUGAUGGUGGCGAGGCCUUCUUCGUGUUCGAGACCGACUCCAACGUGGCUAUCCCUGAGAACAUGGUGGCGUCACCGGUUUUGUCUGCGGCAUCAUCGCCGUCAUUAUCGCCGCAGGGCCUGCCAUCUAAAAGCAGCAUGAACUUGGAAGAGCCGGAUUUGCUCGAUUUGGGAGAUUCUGCUCGGCCCCUCAGAACGGACACCUUCAUCCCUUCGCCCUUGCACUCCCCCAGGUCGCGCGAGUUCGCUCUCGAGCGUGCCAAAACCCUCUCCGACAAGCUCAAAAUCAAAAACAUCCCCUCCAAAAUCGACGUCAACGGUGACCUUCUCCUCGACAUGGACGGCUACAAGCUGAACGCACAGAACAUCCAGGACUCGGACGAGCUCAUCAGGAACUUGCUCAAGGACGAGUUUGGUCCCGACAUUGACAUUGAGCUGUUGCUCAGACACGACGACGCUGGCAAGUUGCGCAUCAACAACGUUUACGACGAGUACGAGGAGUCCAUCAACGCGACACCGCCGCCAUCCGUUCCCGAGGACACGGUGCCGAGUAGCUCCUCCCACAACUACUUCAAGACGCUCCGGCUCACCUCAGAGCAGCUUCAGUACCUUCUGUUGAAACCCGGCGAGAACGACAUCACGUACUCGGUCAACAAGGGCAAGGCAUUCCUCACGUCCAAGCUCUUCUUGUGGAAGUCGAACGUGCCCAUCGUGAUCUCUGACAUCGACGGGACCAUCACUAAGAGCGAUGCGUUGGGGCACGUGCUCACGAUGAUCGGCCGUGAUUGGACGCACGUUGGUGUUGCGCGGCUCUUCCACGACAUCCACCUCAACGGGUACAAUGUAUUGUACUUGACGGCGCGGUCCUCGGGCCAGGCCGAUUCCACGCGCGCGUACCUCAAAACCAUCGACCAGGACGGUAUCAAGCUUCCGCCAGGGCCCGUGAUUCUUUCGCCUGAUCGCACGAUGGCGGCGUUGCGCCGCGAGGUGAUUCUCAAGAAACCCGAGGUGUUCAAGAUUUCGUGUCUCCGCGACUUCAAAUCAUUGUACGACGACACCGCAGUGCGCGCGCCGCCCAGCGCGUUGGACUCGAUCCUAGUUGACGACUUUGGCGGCGACACCGAGGCAAUGCAAGAAAGCAAAACUCCGUUCUACGCCGGCUUCGGUAACCGAAUCACCGAUGCGCUCUCGUACCGCACGGUCGGAAUCCCCAGCUCGCGCAUCUUCACGAUCAAUCCCAACGGCGAGGUCCAUAUGGAGUUGCUUGAGUUGGCGGGGUACAAGCUGUCGUACGUGAACAUCGGUGAGCUCGUGGAUCAGUUUUUCCCGCAGUGCAACACGCUGGACGUCCAGGACGAGCGGUUCUCCGAUGUAAACUUCUGGCGCGAGGGACUCCCGGAGUUGAGCGAGUCGAGCGAC